CCAAAGUCAUUACCAGAAAUGGCAACUACUAAAAGUUUCCCACGCGCAACUUUUCUUCAUGUUCUUUUCACCCUUGCGAUAUUUGUUAGUGUGUUAGCAGAUAUUGCAGUGGGGGAUUACACUACAUGUCCCGCUGGAUCAAAUUAUAGACAAACAAUUGUAGGUAGCGGUGGUCGUGAUUUCAGGUGUGGCCCCGCAACCUGCCCUAACAGAUGCAACAACUUAUGUGGCGGCGUACAGAAUGUACGGAAGAUCCACUGCCAAGCAAACUCAGGUGUUUUCAAUAUCCAAACAAUUUUUUGUGCGUGUUGUUGCGGGGCUUCCCCUUCUCCUCCACCACCCCCACGUCAAUCACCACCACCUCCUAGAGCAUCCCCGCCGCCUCCACCGCCAUCACCUCCUCCUCCAUCUCCACCACCACCACCACCAUCACCCCCACCUCCAUCUCCACCACCACCACCGCCAUCACCCCCUCCUCCAUCACCACCACCACCACCACCAUCUCCACCACCACCACCACCACCAUCAGAUCCACGAGAUCAAUGCAGUCCUGAAUUUACAUCUUAUUCUUCGACUGUAGUGACAGAUUGCACCCUUUGUCCCGUUUGUAGUUGUCCUGGUGGUGUACCUCCACCGCUUGAGGGGUGCAUUCUAAAUUACUGCAGUUGUUGUUGCCCAACUACCCUUACAUCAUCAUCAACAAUUCCUGGUUCGUCAUUAUUCGCAGCUGCAUAGCCAACAACAUAUAUUGUGGUAAAACUACCCUGCGGUGGUCAUAAGCUAGAUGCAGCCAAUGUGAUUGUCAUAUGGAGUGGUCUUUAUGCGUUUAAUGGUAAUACAAUAAGCAGCGUGUACUCUAUUUUUCUUCCUCCCUUACUUUUUAAUAGGCCAGUUUCUUUUUAAUAGGCCAGUUUCUAUAGAUAAAUAUUUCAAAAAAAAAAGUCAGUUUCCUUACUGGGAAAGUCAAAUCUUACUUUAAUUUUUCGGGACCACGUUUCUUUUAAUUUCUUUUGAUGACAAGUGUUAUGUGGACCAUUUCACUUCACUUCUUUUAUUGACAAUUGUCUAGAGGACCAGUUUCAAUAAUUAGUUCUCUUAAUUUCCUUAAUUUUUCUCAAAAAAAAAGAGACUGGCCUAUUAAAAAGUAACGAAGGGAGUAUUUGUUUAACGCAUGUAGCGAUCCAUAAUUUUCAUCUUCGAUGGAUGUAUUUUUAUGUUACUAUAACUUGCGGGUGUUAUCUAAUUUAGUAGACACACUAACUAGUCAUUUAAUGCCUUUCAUUUUAGUCUGAAGAUUAUGUUCAAAAAUGAUUUGAUAAUUUAAGAUU